AUGAGUUCAGCGCUAGCUUCCUUUCAGAUGGAAUUACCGUUCCAUCCCAACAACAUGAGUAACAAUAACUCGGGCUACUCUUCCUUACCGGGAAUAUCUCCGCAUCAGCUUCAACAGAGCACUAACCUACCAAACCAUACCCUUCCGCCACUCCAUACAUCACCUCAUCCGCCCAUGCAACCAAUGUAUGGUGGUAGUGCACCUCAAACCCCUAGAACCCUGGCGACACCUAAUAACGUAUCCGCAAACUCACUUAAUUUUUCCCAGGUCAACCAACAAUCGCGUUUCCAGCUCAUUCACAAUAAUCCUCAAUCCAGCCGAAACUAUCAGCAGCAGCAACAGCAACAACAACAGCAGCAACAACAACAACAACAGCAGCAACAACAGCAGCAGCAACAGCAGCAGCACUUGAUGACCGGUAAUAAUGAACAGAACUACCGACCUAUGACCACCAUGGUGCCGCAUUCACCUAGUACGACGUCGCUUUCUUACACACAAGCAAUCGCGCCAGCUCCCCAAAAUCGAGUAUCACAGUCAUUAAGGCCUAUAUCGCAUGGUGUUCACGUACAGAAUACGCUACAGUCCCCUUUCGGACAAAAUAAUAUGAUGACUCAAAUGGCUGAUAUGGAGCCGCCAACCCAUGUUGUUGGGUCACAAGGACGACGAGGAAUUUUGCCUAGUGCACCUGGAAGGCCACCGGUAACCAGCAGUACAGGGCGAAGUACUAUGAUACCUGCUAAAGAUGCCGAAGGGAAGUUUCCCUGUCCGCAUUGUACAAAGUCGUAUCUCCACGCUAAACAUCUAAAGCGACAUUUAUUGCGCCAUACGGGUGAUCGCCCAUAUAUGUGCAUUUUGUGUCGCGAUACUUUUUCUCGAAGCGAUAUUCUAAAACGUCAUUUUCAAAAAUGUUCUAUACGACGUGGGAAUCCGACCGGCGCAAGCCAUUUGUCCCACUCUCAGGCACACCUUAAAAAGACACAAUCGAGCCCUCAUAAAAACGUAGCUGAUACUCCCAUGAUAGACGUGAACACCAUGGGUAAUUCAAGUGGCAUGGGAAAUAAUAAUGCCAGCAUUCCUAUAUUUGGUGUCAACUCAGAUUCAGUCGGAGCUGAAAACGGAGCAAAUCUAGGUAAUCAUCAAACGGACUCUAUGCAGAGUAACGGAUUAAAACGACAGUCAACAGCAGAAAAUGAUGGAAGAAAUAUGACCGCGCUCAGCGGCUCUGGAGUCCAAACCCGCACUGGCCUAGAAUCAGCCUACACUGGAUCUACGCCGAGCACCAUGCCUUCUGGUAUGAACCCUUCACUUGCCUUCAGUAUGCCCCACGGACAGAAUGGACACUCAUACAACCAGAGUUAUGAAUAUACCCCCAACGGCACCGCCGCCACACCCUCGUCUGCCUCCAAUGCUACGCAUGUAUCAUCGGCUCAUCGUAACGAGAUAUCCAGAGAUGGAGAGUCUAUGCAGUCCUAUUCUCGGAACUCAUGUCUAUUUCGCGAAUCACAAGGUCAUGUCUAA